AUGAACCCUGCUGGCGACCAGCAACACCCUCCGCCUGGCGCAACCGCCCCCGCUGCUGCUGCGAUGCCUCCCAUGUCCCACGUCGCUGUUCGAUUGCCGCCAUUUUGGCAUCGAGGACCCCACAUCUGGUUCCAGCAGGUCGAAGCCCAGUUCCUGCUCGCUGGAAUUACUUCCCAACUCACCAAGUACCGGCACAUCGUCUCUUCCCUACCACCAGAGAUAGCCAUGGACGUUGCCGACUUAAUAGCAAGCCCUCCACCUCAGACACCCUACGACCAGUUGCGCACUGCUGUUCUCCAGCGGACUAUGAUGUCAGAGCGGAAGCGCCUGCAGCAGCUCUUGAAUGCCGAAGAACUCGGUGACCGACGACCUUCGCAGCUACUUCGCGCCAUGCAGGCUCUCCUGGCGGAUCGCUCAGCCUCUUUCGACGAAGCACUGCUUCGCGAGCUAUUUUUGCAACGGCUACCCCCAACCGUACAGAUGGUUCUCACUACAGCCGCCAGCUUGCCACUUUGUGACUUGGCUUUGUGA